CCAAAAAAAAUGGUGUUACAUGUGAGACAAACAAUGAAAAUGGUGGCUGCAAGCACCUCUGUACUGACGUUGCCGACGGCUACUAUUGCCAUUGUCGGGAUGGAUUCCAGCCGAAUCCAGAAGACCCAUACGAUUGCAUCGAUAUCGAUGAAUGUGCUGGUAACAAUACUUGCACCCAGGUAUUCUGCAGUUUUUUUAUUACAGCAUUUCACUUUGUUGAAUAGUUGUCUGAAUACGAAAGGAUCGUAUUUGUGCCGAUGUCUUGAUGAUUUUGAAAACAACGUGGUUGUUGGGGCAAUGACAGGGAAAGAUUGUCGUGCCAAGGUUUUUACAUCUUCUCCUCAUUUUUUAAUACUUUUUUUGCAUUUUUGCAACGCAGAGGUAGAUCUGCUAAAGGUGCGAUGA